UUAUCAUAAUUAUUGCCAUGCGCUGAGGGUUGGCGGCAAGAAUGGUUGUUACUCAAUAAAGAGUUGAUAAAGUACCUGCCCAGAGCAACAUUCUUAAUAUAACUGUCAAAUACUCGACAAAUUUUGUCGUUCCUGAUUGGUCAAUGACGAAUUCUUAAAGAGUUUACGGAGUGCAAUAUCGAAUUUCCGUAUUGGACUCUGUCGUAAUUUAAGCUUGUUUAGAUGAGUAAGAAAUGUUAAUUUUUAAGAAAAUUCGAGAAUCAACUUGUUCAGUUUAUAACGUACAAACACUACAAGAAAUGAGUUAUCCAAGGAAAACAAAUUUUACAAGCAUUUUAAAGGCCUUCGGAGGUACCUCGAUUAACAAGCACGUGAAUCGUCUAAAGAAGCUUUGGAAUUAAAGAGUAAAGCGAAGGCUGAGUCUACAAAUCUGCAGCGAGGGAUGUCAACCGCUGUCAUCCAGAAAGGUACAGCGGAAGAGAUUGAGCAGCUCCUUGCUGCGAAACAAGAAACAGGCCUCUGGGAGAAAAGUUACAACUGUUUACUGCAGGAACACGAGGUCUUUCAGAACGAUUUGAUGGAGCUACAAGACAAAUUAGUCGGAAUGCAGAAAGAGUAUGAAAACUCACAGAAGGAACUUUUGAGUUGCAGCAAAAGCUGUAGCAUCAAGGUAAGUAAACUGGAGACGAGGCUACAGAACGCAAUAAAGCAAAGAGAAAACCUUAAGACUCAGCUAAGUGAAUCACGCGCCGAACUGCGCGAAAACAAAGAACUAAACUCUUUGCAACAGAAGGAAGUUCUCGAGAUACAACAACAAGCUCAUAGCUACAAAGAAGAAGCGGAAAGGCUUGAAAACGCAAACAGAGAUCUAGUGUCCAAAAUCGUUGAUCUGAAUGAGCAGAUUUCACAACGGAGAAUGGCCUUUGAAUCGCACGCGGACAAAGUUGCAGAUGUUGAAACCGAACUAAGCUGGUUUCAGUCGAAACUCAAUGAGUUGUUUGCAGUUUUCGAAUCUUUGAAAGCGGUAAAUGAUGGCCAUCAAAGGGAAAUUUUGGCCAUUCCCGUCAAGGGGCUUACCACGAAUGAGACUGAUGAGAAGAUGCUGGGCAGAAUCAAGGAGCUGGAAUUGGAAAAUUCAGAAUUGCAUAACACUAUCGCUGAACUUCUAGCAGAAAUGUCUGCACAAGAAACAGAGGAAUUGAACAUGGAUCCCAUCUUUGCUCAAAGCGAAAUAGAAAAGCUCUCACAGAAGCUUGAAGAAUCUUCGAUACAGAUUAGUCAAUUAGAAACCCGCUUUGAAACAGCAAUUCGCGAGGGAGAUGAUUUACGAGAAGAACUUUCUUCAUCUGAACGAAGACUGUCCCAAGCAAAAGACCUAUUACAAAAUGUUGAGGACGCCAAUUAUGAACUGGAGGAAAAGAUGGUGAACAUGCAAAGAAAAAUUAUCAAUUACCAGCGAGAUGCAGAGAGCGCAUCGAGGCAGAACGCGGACCUUAAAACUGAGCUCGAAGAAGAAAGAUCAAAAGUCAAAAGAUUAAACGCAGAGGUUACAAAGUUUAAACAUCGUUCUGAUGAACUUGAAAGAAACGCUGACUUGAAACAGAGAGAGAUCCACGAUAAAGAUAAAGUAAUUCAGAAUUUGACGGCAUCAUUGGCAGCUAACAGGUUGAGAACUGAGUCUCUGUUGAGUGAGUUGAACGAAAUCCAAGCCCAAGUAGAAAUCUCAGAGGAUGAAAAAUUAGAAAUGCAGGAUGAACUUUACGAAGCACAGAAGAGAAUUCAAGAUGUAGAUACGCAUAACCGACUGAUUACAGAAGAGAAUGGGAAUCUAAGCUUUGAGGUUCAGCGGUUUUAUCAGAGAUUAUCGGAGCUUAAAGCUUCUUAUAAAACAUGCGAGCACGAAAAGUUCGAUUUUCAACAUCAGACCAUGGCGUUGCAGGAGAGGGUCAGUAAACUGGAGGCUCAAAACAACAGAUCUUUCAAGCUUCCCUUCGACUUCAGCUUUAUCUGGAGACCACCAACACUUGAAUAUAUUGCGACUUACGAUGCAGUCAAACAAGAGACUGAUUUACGAAAAAAAAGCGACUAAACAAAGUUGAGUUUUCGAAAAACACUCUUGUGUUGCGUGAGCAAAAAAGUGAAAUACUUGGCGGACUUUCAACUGGGAGUUGUCAAGGUACACGAGCCGACUGUUAACAUGAUCCAUCCCAAGUUCGCGUCAGCGGUUUGAGUGCCUUACUUAAAAGUGAACAUGUGAAGUAACGAUGUGUGAUGGACGAAGUGUGCGAAUACAUAGACGAAAGAGCGGCGUAAUUCACACAUGUUCAAGAAAAAUUGAAAGCUCUAAAGGUUAACUUUAAGACUUCAUGUGAAGAGCUGCAGGAAGUGAAGAAAAUUCACAAAUGAAAUGCGCAAAUCAAGCGAAGAGUAGGUUACUCAAUCACGAGGCAUAUAAACUCGAUACCGUGUAAAACAGAUAGCCACAGAUAGUAAUGGGCUUAUAUUAAGAUGUGUAGACGUUAUCAACGCUAGUAAAACAGAGCACGAACCGCCAAGGACGACUGCGUCAUCAUAUGAAACUUGGUGCAGAGAGAAAGUAUCAUGGAAGAGCUAUGAAAAAGAAACUUGGUCUAUUGUCAUUUCUUAGGAACUUCGCACUUACCCCUCCCCCCUGACCCAAUAUAAACCAUAAAUUGUUGACUGUUGCUGGGUCAGGGGAGGGGUGGGUAUGCAGUUACCAAACAAGUUAGGGUGCGUAGGUGCUUGUAUACUGACAUUAAUCCGAGAAACUCCUGCGAGAAAGAGCUUGGUUGCUAAGUCGAGGAGCUCCGAAAAAUAGUGUGAUCGUUUAAAAUGACGUCGUGAUUUUAAUUCCCUACACAUUCUUUUAAAAACGACCACAUUGUAAGGAGAAAUUAUAGAGUAAUCUUUUGUGCGACGAAGGCUAACUCACUUUCAAUGUGCGGUGUCCUUUAAUAGACAAAGGUGACACCGUUUAAAUUUAUCACUUGCAAUCACUAUGGAAACUGGGGGCGAAGCUGCGGGGGGAAGGGAGCCUAGGGUGCUCGUGUCUUCCCCGCACGCCAUGCUUGGCAAACAAAAUUCACACUUCCGGUUCGUGAAUACGAUAGAAUCCGAAGAACUUUCAUGGAAUAAAUCUGUAAUGAUGGUAGAUACUCCAUAGACCCCGUGUAUGAAUGGCGGGCUCGAUUUCUACUAUUGUAUUUCCAUGUAAAUUAGCCCUCUUGGCUUCAACACGACAUGUUUAAAAGCGAGGCCAAGAAGGUUUAUUUGCAUGAACGUAUACGACGAAGAAUCACGCCCACCAUUGCAAAGGAGCUCUAUUUGUGGCGCCUUAUCAAACCCAAGCCGCUUCGGGCAGAAAUUCGUAAGUUUGAUCUCCCCUUUUGAAAAAACCUAGUUACGC